UUAAAUGCUAACAGAAAUGCGAAACGGAGGUGAAGAAAAAGCCGGAGAUGUUUGUGAACCCAACUCAGACAGACACCAAGAUGGCCGGGAAACCUUACAAGUCCCAACCAAACUGCUCAGUUCUCAACCAGGAGUAUUGAAGUUUGAAACUGAUGCCAAUAAACCGAAUCCAGAAAACAUCCCUGUUAUUUGUGCAACAGCUGCUUUAGACGAUAUUCCAGCCGUUUGUUCAGAAAGUCCAGAUGUUUUCGGGUCAAAGGAGCCGCCGUCUACAUCAGGAGAAACUAACCAACAGAUUGCUGUUGACUCAACGGACAUGACAGUUUCUGGAAAUAUUGCAGGAACAAUCAUAUCCGCCUCACUAAACACUGAAGAAGCCUUAGUUUUAGACCCGUCUUAUUCAGACAAAAUCAACAAAAUCAAAUUACCGGUUGUCUCGUCCCCUAAAGAAUCGACUGAAGCAACCAUUCCUGGGAUCAACAACGUGCCUGAUCCUCCGCCGAUACAUUCAGAGAGGCUUGAUGCCUUAGAAGACCAUUCUGAUGUCUCAACAGAAGUAUGUUUAGUUGAACCAGAAAUGGAGAAAGAAAAAACGGAAAAGGAGCUGAUUGAAAACACAGAAAAAGCAACUAGAUUUUUCACAGAUUCAGCCCAGUCAGAGUCGGACCAAACACCUUCAGAAACCUGCAUAAAAGCUGCAGAAUCAGAGGCUUUCAGUGCAGGUGCAAGAGAACAAGAUGAGCAAAAUGGGCAAGUCAAUGGAAGCAAAGAUGAAGUGUUCACUGUAGUUUUGGAGCUGCAGUCGUUUGACAUACAGCCAAGUGGAUAUGUAGGAGAUCAACACUGUAAAACAAGUUCAAACGCAGGAUUUCCUGAGAAGAAACCAAGACCCAACCCUGAGUUAGACGGAAAACCUGCAGAACGAAAAGGUUCAAGCAGGCAAUCAGAAAACAAAGAGACUCAGCCAACCCAUGCAGUAAAGAAUGACGAAGCUCUGACUCUGUCUGAAUCCGACUCCAAAUGUGAGUUUGAAACGGCUCAAACAUCCCCAGUCAGCAAAUCGGGGGCGACUGCCUGUCACUCUUUGGGGGAAACUGCGCCUCCUGCCCUGAGCUCUGCGGAGGAUUUGGUGCCAAAUCGAGAUGAAACUGAAACCGAAAAUCAAAUUGAUGCAACUGACAAACAACUGACAGCUGCCGACAGUGCAAUGAGCCCAGGUGGAGCAGGUGAGGGGGCGGCGCAAGGAGGAGCUAACGACUCUGAAUGUACACACGGGAAGCAUUGUCCCACAGGACAAGACGGCACUUCACUGCUACCUGAAGAAAAGAAAUGGAAGCAAGAUGGAGCGCUGAAAGAAAUGCUGUGGCCACUGGGAAAGCUUCAAAGCCAAAGAGUCAUGGAGUCGGAGCGGAUCCCGCCGGGAUCGGCAUGCGGUCCCGGGGCUGAAGAGUCGACAGGUAGAUCACCGGGAAGCCACAGCUACAGCUCCGCCUUGCAGGACAGUUUAUCAGCGAUUCAGGCGUCGCUGGAGCAAAGUAACAUUUUACAGAAAAUGCCUCAUAUGGACCUGAGUUGGUACCUGACAUCCUCACCUGGUGAUGCAGACGUCCGAUUAGCACGGACGGUUCAGCGUGUUCUUGCUUGCCGAUAUCAGCCUGCACGCCUCAGUGCUGCAGCUAUGGACAAACAGCUGCAGGAAGCGCAGGAGUACAGGCGGUCCGUGCAGGAGCAAGUGGCUUCCAUUAAAAGCAACGUGACAACGGUUUCAGACCCGAAGGCUUCAGAAAGAGCGGAGGCAGAGUGGAGCUCAGCCCUGCUGGAUGCCUCUGCCACAGUUCAGGUCAAAGCAGCUCAGCUGGAUCUGGUCAAGCAGUAUCACCUGCAGAAGAAGAACGCCAGAGCCUUCCUUGAGGUCGUAGCGGCGGAAAAGGAAAAGAUGAGCUUGAGUGUUUUGGGAAGCAGUUCCUUUCAAGAGGAAAAACUGAAUGCGUUGCUGCUAACCAUGGAGCAGAAGAAGUCAACGCUGGAAGGUUUGCUCUGCCUAAGCAGCCAGUUGUCGGUCCACCUGAGUGAUGCGGAGAGUUCAGGUGUUCUCGUUGCUCAGCUUGGUGACAUCCAGGAGGAAUGGAGGCUCCUUAAAGGAAGCAUCAGAAGAGCUCAUCAACAGGCGUCAAAUUCUGCAUCUCAGUCAAAACUCGUUUUAAAAGAGGCUGCUGAGCUUAAAGCCAAACUUGAAGCUCUUUUAAAAUCUGAAACUGACAAUAUAAGUUGUUUAGACUUAGCUUGUCUGACCACAGAGCUGAAAGUUUGCAACCAGCUUCUCCUGCAUUUAGAGUCCCAGGCUGGUUCCCUCACCUGCUUUUCGCUGGGUCAGAAAGAAAAGGCUGCGAUUGAAGAAAAGAUUCAGGACCUGAAGACUUUGCUCCGUGUCACUAAAGAGAAGCUCAACUCUUUGCCAGAAAUCUGUGGAAGCGGAUCUACUAGUAAAAUCAACAAGCAACUACAGGACUUGAUCAAUUUGACAAAACAAGCAGAAAACCGAGUCUUUUCUGGGAAAAAGUUGUCUGUUUUUCCUGAGCAGGCUCGUCUUCAGUUUGAAGAAAUGAGGGAAUUUCACAUGGAAACUUUAUCUAGACGAAGCAAGAUGCAAAUGCAGGUUGGAGAGCUAAAGAGUAAAGCUACCGAAACGGAAAAUCAGGAGUUAAUAAAGACCGUAGAGCUGUAUGAAACAGUUGCUGACAGGUUGGGUCGUGUUCUUGAAGCCAUGAAAAAGGGUCUUGAUGAAAGAGGGAAGGUUAUGUGUGAGUUUGGUAGGUUGGAUGUCUGGGUAGCAGAAACGUAUAUGAAAAGAGAGACCUGCACCAACGUCGAGAACGUUUCAAAAGCUGACCUCAGUGAAUUGGAAAUGGAGCUAAAAAGUCAUCGAUCAGCAGCAGUAGAGCUGGAGACCCAACUCAAAUUAGUGGACGCACUUUCAGAGAGUUGCACAAAAUUAGCCGUUGAGCUGAGUCCGGCUGAGAGCCGCUACCUCGGCAACAGGCUUUUAGGCCUUUGGGCAGAAUUAGACAGACUGCUAGCUCAUGAGAAAGCCACCUGCUGGGAAUUAGAGGAGCUAAUUCAUGAGAGAAUGUCCUCCAAAGAGGGGUUAGCUGCCAUUCAGGCUAACUUGGAGCAAACAUUUGCUGAUCUGGAGAAGCAGAAGUUCCCUUUGACCAAAGAGACGCUGUUAGUUAUCACCCAGUUGGAGCACAAGCUAAUGGAGCAUCAGUGGGAAGUUCAAGAGCUGCAGCAUUGCCAGGAGGACCAGAGAAACUCUGUGCUCUGCGCUAUUAGUGAACUGCAAGACCAGUGCAAAGCUCUCAGAAUAAACGCCAUGGAGCAACAGAGAUAUGUUUACCACAGAGGACAAAUGGAGGAAUUCAUGAAAAUCGCCCAAACUCAACUCCAGGAGGCUAAAAACCAAUCGGUGAGCGCGGCGGAGAGGUUCAGAUUGAGCCAAACACUGCUGGUCGAACUCGCGAUGGUCAACACCCAAUGCCAAGAGACGGCGGAUCAUCUGGAGGCGAUCGCCCGUGAGUUAGAGCCGUCCGAGCUUAAUGCAGAGAAGAAGAAGCUCCAUGACAUGGUGGAAACGCUGAUCUGCUGGGAGCAAUCUGCCACAGAUCAAAUCAAAAAUCUGGAGGCCGAGCUUUUACCGGGUCUCCAGUUUGAAUUUGAGCUUCCGCUGCUGAUGGAUCUGUUGCAGAGAGCCAACAGGCAGCUGGAGGAAAACAAACAAGUCAAACCCGAUGAGAAAGCAAUAGAUGAUGCAGUGAUUCAGUGUUGGGUCAUCAGGAGAAACGUAGAGUCUGGGAUGAGAGUGUUGGCAGGUCUGGCGCAGAGAGACAACGUUAACCUGGAAGACUGCAAUGAGCUGAAUUCCCUCAGAGACGCAGUAAUGCAACAGUCCGACUCAUGGAUGGUCGGUCUGUCUCAGGCCAGGGAAUCCCUUAAAGAUUACCAGUGGGCUGCUCAGGGAGCCAUGAACUUCCUCCAUAAUGCCGAGGCGACCUUCCUGUCAGCUCCCGGAGGCUUUUUGGAUUGCACCCAGGAGCAAAGACAAACCCAACAGGCUUUGGAAACUCUUGAAGUUGGCUUUCAAGCUCACAUAAACCACCUGAUGGAGCGAGUGCCGCAGGAACGCUGCCUCUCACGACCGGAGACCGAGCUCCUUCACAUCAACGUCCUCAGCCAGUUGUUGGUUGGAAGAGCUGUACUGGAGGCUCAGGCAAAACUCAGAGUGGAGCGUCUGCAGAGGUGUGAAGUCAGACAGAGAACCCAUAGAAAGUGGCAUGAAGACGUUAAACAGGAAGUGUUGCAGUUUGAAGCCAAACUUUCAGGAUAUGCAUCAGAGAAAGUCACAUCGUAUGAUGAGUGUAUCGAUCAGAAGAAGAGAGUGAAGGUUUUAAAGGAAGACCUUCGUGACCUCGCUGGGAAGAUGGUUGACCUGAGAGCUGGAUGUCCAACGCAGGGUUGUGGCGUGGGGAAGGACGGCGAGCAUGGCGCCCUCUGGAGGCGCUGGACGUCAUUACGGCGGCGUUUGGGCCUCCUGUUGGUGCAGACACAACAGAAGGAAGAGGAAUGGAAGGACAUCACGACAAGUAUGGAGGAGAGUUGCAGCUGCUUGUCCGGUCUUCAGGCUGAACUUCCAGACUCUUCCACUGUGAGUUUCUCUCAGGAGGAACCUCAGGAGCUUCUGGCCCAAAUGGAGCAGCAGCAGCUGGCCUUAUCGUCCCUGAAGCGCCGACUGGAGCAGGCGUUGGGCUCAUCAUCUUCCCAAGAUGGCAUCCUGCCUGGGUCCGCCUGGAAAUCCCUGGAGAAAAUCCAAGAGAGCAUCUGGAGCUUGAAAGAGAGAUACCUGCUUCUGAUGGCUGCAGCGGAGGAAGAGGAGGAAGAGAGACGGCGAGCUGAAGAGGAAAUACGAGACGUUGAGAAAAAAGUGUUUGAGAUUUUACCAGAACUGGAAACGAGUUCAGAUCCAAGCAAAACGCAGGAGCUCCAGGAAAACGUUAUCUCUCUAAAAACCCAACUUAAACACAUCCUGGACGCCUUGGGGAGCCGACAUGCAGAAAUCCCGCCAGAUAUCCGAACAAAGAUCCAAAAUGUGGAACAAUCCGUCCAGAAAGCAGAAGAAAUGCAGCUUUUGGAGACGGACAACCCAAUCAGGAAGCUUUCACGCAGAGUCAGGGAGCUGGGUUCUGGUCUGGAGAGAGUGACAUCUUUACUGGAGCAGAAAAGCCCAACAAUCAGAGAGGCUCAACGUGUCCUGAAGUGUGUGUGGGACGAACUGGACGCCUGGCACAGCAGCUUGAUGCUCCUGGACAGCGAAGUGCAGGACGUUGCGGAGGACCAGCCGGAUGAGGCCCAGCUCCUCAUGGACCAGCUCACAGAACCGCUGCAGCUCUAUCAGAACGCAUCCCGCCUGGCUGAGAACCGAACCGCCUUCCUCAACAAGAUUCCCGCCUGCCUGCAGGAGUUUGAAGACAUUUCUCACCGAGCCUCCUGCUGGUUGGAUGAGGCCCAGUUAUGGCUUGGCACUCAGUGCAACUUUACAACAGCCAAAAGUCUCAGCAAUCAUGUCAAGUAUUUACAGUUGAUGCUGGAAGACUCUGACAGGAUCAGACACACCCUGCAGGUGUUUAAGUCGGGCCUGGUGGAGAUCUCUGCUGUGUGUGACGUCAGCGCUCAGGAGGAGAGGCUGGACCAGAGAGACCAACAGGUCCAGGAGAUGCAGCAGACCAUCGUCGAGCCGCUUGACCAGCUCCAGGAGGCUGCUGCGAUAGUGGAAGUGGUUGAAGCUGACAUUAAGGCAAUGGAGAAAAACGUCUCCAAAUUCAUAAACGUUUUAAACUGCAUGGAUGAUGCAGACGUAACGCAGGCAGAACGUGAGGAGAUCCUGACCCAGAUCCAGUUGAUGCAGAAGAGUUUGGAAGACAUGGAGAGCUGGAAAGAGGAGGUCCAUCUCCCCGAAGGAGCAGAAAACCUGGUGAUCUUCUCCAAAGCCAGGACGCUGCUGGAACAGCUGGAUGGGCUGGAGCAAAUCACCAGAGAGAAAAGGCGUUUGCUGGAGAACAAAAAGGAAGAAGAAGAAACGACUGAGAAUCUUAAUAUCAUCUCUGAUUCAUCUGAAGAGAUGCCGCUGCUGGAGAACCCUGCACACAGACGCUUUUUCCAGGAGGCUUUUGAGAUGCAUGUUACAGAGGAAGAGGAGGAUGAAGGGGAUGAGAGUCGUCACUCUUCCUCCUCUGACACACUAACAUGCAGUAUACCAGAGGACCUGGAGGAGACGCUCAAUCUUCCAGAUGAACCAAGGGAGGACAUGGAGGAGCAGAGUGCAGCUUAUCAGGCUGAAAACAGUUCAGACGAACCUGGAAUCAGUGUUUUAUGUGUGAAAUCUGGACUUGAUGACAGUUUUGGACCCGCAUCUUCAAAACUGGACUUGAACGCUUCCCAGACCUUUCAUUUUGAAAAAGUAGAGAAUGACGUAAAAGACGAAGAUGUUGCAGGAUCGUCAGAGCAGAAAACGGCUGACGUCGAUCCACAAAUAAACCCGUGUUUGAUGGAAGCUGCGGUGGGAGACACCAGGCUGAUUCCUUCGAGACCCACAACUCCGUUUUGCUCCAAAAAAGCCUCGGAUGAGCUGAGAGAGGAGGAAGACGACCGUCUGUCUUCAUCUUCGGCUGACCUUUCACACCCGGGAGUGUUAAACAAACUGAAGGAGCAAAAAGAAGUCAGUCCAAGUUCAGAACCUCAGAAAACUGAAGCAUCAUUUGGCUCUCCUGAUGAUGAUGAUGAUGAUGAUGAUGAUGAUGUGGAAAAUCAGCAUUGGACUCAUAUUCGGUCCCAUGUUGGGAAAAAAGUGAGCACUUUGAGGAAAGUUUUGGAGGAGCAGAAAAACACGAUCGGCCCUCAAGACGGAGGAAAAAAGAAAACGGUUCCAGGAAAAGAUCCCGUGUCUGCAGGAUCUGUUUCAUCGGUUCUACAGCAAAUAAAAGACACAAACGCUAAGCUGAGACAAACGUUACAUGAGGAUGACUGUAAUUUUGGUAAUCCCGAGGCGAAGGCCUCAGGUUCUUCUCAUCCAGGAGUGAAGAAGAAGUUCGGCGAGGCCGUGCAGAGCGUCGUGACGUGUCUGGACUCAUCAGCCGACCUGCUGACCCCUGAUGGACCUGCAGCAGCGGAUCCGCAGCUGAGGCUGCUGCAGCUGGAGAGUUUAUGGGCUCAGCUGGAGCCUCUGGCUGAGCUGGUGGCUGAAGUGGAAGCGCAGAUCAAACCUGCUCUCCUGAUGGGAGAAUCAGACGCUCACAGCGGUUUGGCGCCGCUGGACGAUUUUGCCCAGACGGUGCAGCUUCUCCUCACCUCCUCCCACAGUCGGCUGCUUGAGCGCUCAGGACUGCAGAGCCAACAUCAGACUCUUCCCCCCUGCCGGCCUCGUCUCCUGGAUCCGUUUGACGCAGGACUUUGUGAGAUCUUCCCAAACCUGAAGGGUCCGCUCAGCUUGGAGUGCGAGCCGGGCGGAACAGAGGAGGCGCAGCACGCCUCCCAAUCCUUGCUCCAGGGGAUUUCACGCCUCUUGAAACGCUGUGAGGAGAGUUUAACAGAAAAACGGACGAGCCUUUUUCCCAGCCGCAGCAAACUUCAAGCUGAUCUCUGCAGACGCGAGAAACUCCUCCAGGUCCUCGGAUCCCAGCUGUCUUUUCUUCAGUAUCUAUUCCAGCAUGAACCUGAUGCACUUAGCAGCAAACAGGAUGAAUGGGUACAUCUGGAAGUCAGGGCCAAAGCUCUGCAGCAGCAACUUCUGGAACAACAAGUGGCUUCUCAGAAGACGCUUCAGGACUGGACCCACUGGGAGCAACUUUGUGGUCAACUUGGCAGCGUGUUGGAUGAGUCUGAAGCUUUUUUUAGCGCUGGAGAGCCAGAGGGAGACGAUGAGGAGGAGACGGUGCAGCGGAGGCUACAUGCCUGCGAGCGAACUCUGAUCCGGCUGGAGGAGAGCCGCUCCGUGUUGGGCUCGUUUUUGGAUCACAGGCUGGUGCUGCAGGCAGAGCUGUGGUUCGGUGCCUCGGUUGCGCAGGAAGGGGGCGCUCUGGAGCUGCGAUGGAAAGGCGCCUACAGGCGCAUGGAGCAAGAGAUCCUCCGCCUAAGAAACAUCCAGGAAAGCAGAGCCAGAUUCCUGGCUGGCGUUGCUGCGGUCGGUGAGCGUCUGCUGGCCGCCGGCGAACACCUGAAGACUUCCUCAGACCUGAGUCAGGAAUCCGUUCAAAGGCGACUGCUGGAGCUGCUGGACGUCUCCGUGGAGCUGACAGCCGUUUCCAAGGAAACCAGUCGGCUUGUCCACCUGAGGGACGCCAAGUGUCCCAAACUGACAAGCCAGGUCUCACAGCUGGAGGCCAGCUGCAGCCAGCUGACCUCUGCCCUUUCCAAGAUGCUGGAGCAUCUGCUGCAGCGCCUGGUGAACCAACAGCCGCCAGUGAAGCUGCUGUCUGAAGUGGAGAACUGGCUGAAGGAAACGGAAACUCGGCUCAGCCGGGAGACAAAAAGAGUCCUGACGGCCAGAACUGCAGCUGAGAUGGUUGAAAUUCUGCAGCAAUGUCAGGCGUUGAGGACGGCUGUCGACAACUGUCAGCAAGUCCUUGAUUUCAUGUCCGAGCCAGGGUCCAAAAUGGCGGGAGCAGACGUCCCGGCUCGCCGCUUGGAACGCACGACCUUUGCAGAAAACCUGGGCGGCGUCAGACAGCAGUGGGAGCUCCUGCAGAGGGAGCUGGACGGCCAGAUUCAUGAAGUCGAACACAUCCAUCACAUUUGUGCAGAACGAGAGAGACAUCUGCAGAAACGGCAGGACUGGACAGAGCAGCAGAAGAAGAGGAUGAGUCAGUGGAAACGGCCCUGCAGUCAAACCCUGGCUGGCUACGCUCUGCUGGAGUGGGAGGCUGAAGUUGCCAGAAUCCAGCAGGUUUCUGCAGAUCUGCAGGAUCUGGGAGAAGGAAGAGGAAGAGGAGGAAGAGUGUGUUAUGGGAAGGAAGGGAAGCUCCUGUGGGAAGAGAUCUUCUCCGGCCGAGUGGAGAGUGUGAGGCGGGACUGUGUUGAUCUUCAUCAACAGAUGGAAGAUCUCAGAGCGGAUCUCGAACAGUCAGUGGAGAAGUGGAGUUGUUUCCGUGGAGCUCUGGGGGACGUUGCUUUGUUGACCACUAGGGUGCGCUGUGCCCUGCAGCAGCAGCAGCGAGCGCCUCUCUUCUCUCUGCAGCAGGCUGAAGGAAAGUCAGACCGCCUGCAGGAGCUGCAGGUGAAGGCGGAGGAAGACGGAGAGCAGCUCUGGACGGACGUGGACAAAUCCUGCAGGACGCUGAUGGAGACGCUGCAUGACGUGUCGGCGCAGCUCGUUAGGGACGAAGUGGAGGAGCAGCGAAAUGGGUGGAAGAAAAUCCUGCAAGAGAUAAAAGAGGAGCAUAAAAACACCAGAGAGAUUUUCUCCCUCUGGCUUGAAUACGCGAAUCUGUCUGAGCGCUUUUCUCUUCGUUUGCAACACCUGAGGAAUGAGUGGGAGGAGUUAUCAGGUUCUUCAUCUAACGAUGCAGAAACCACAGUCUGCUGCGUCAAGAAGUUGCAGGAUGCUGCUGAUGAGCUGCAAAGUGAUGCAGGAGAUGUGCUGGCAGCAUCCAAAGCUCUUCUUGGACGACUCAAACCUUCAUCUGCAAAUUUAAUCAAAUCAGAAGCCAGGUUGUUGAGUCGCGAUUUCCUGCUGCUGAACCAAGCAAUAUUGGGAAAAAGGAGAAAUCUGGAGGAGGAUUUGGAGCGAGAGAGACGAUUUAAAGCUCAGCUGGAAGCACUUGAGGAACAGAUGCAGAGUUCGCUUUUUAAACUGCAUGGGGGCGCAUGUGAUGCAGACACUCUGGAGCAGGUUCUUUUGGAUCUCAGUGACAUGACUCCAUCACUGGUGGACGUUAAAGAGACGAGUGGCGACAUAACCCUCAGCAACGAGGAUAUGGAGAGAGUUCAGUCCCUCAGCAGGCUGUGGGCAGAAACCGUUACCAAGGCAACAGAUGAAAACAAAGUUUUGCAAGAUGAGCUUCAAAGCGGCUGUGAUUUUGAAGAAAAAUGUGAAAAAGUGAAAAUGAUCCAGGAACACCUGCAGCGAGAAUCACUUUGCAGAAAAGAUCUGAGUCACUCAAGCCUUAAAGAGAUGCUGGCUGUCCAUCAGAAACUUCAGGUUGAGGUCAUGAAGGGGCAUCAGCUCCUCCAGAGCCUCCUCUGUGAUGCCCUCAGCUUUAUGGAAAAACAAACUGAGGACAAAAGAUCUGAGCUCACGGUUCGAGUGGCGUGUCUGAAGCGGAGCUGGUCCGAUUCUGUGGCUCUCGCUGCGCACAACUGGACCUCAACAAAGGAGCAUCUGCAGCAGUGGAGAAUUUACCAACAUGGUUUGAAAUCCCUGAAGAAGCUGUUUAGAGAGGUGGACUCUCUCCUGCCCCCUAGUGGACCGGAUCUUCACACGGUGCAGCAGCUGCAGAACGUUUCCGAGUUUAUUGAAGAAUCUCUAGGUCUGCACUCCUCUGUCUACGCCCGGACUGUUGAAGCUGGGAAACAUUUGUGUGAAAUCGUUACAGAGUCAGAGAGUCGAACCCAACUGCAGUCAGAACUUCAGGAUUUGCAGAAAGUCUGGGAGCGAACCACCUUACUGCAAAGAAAGAAUAAAGAUCUGCUUAAUAACACUGUCCAGAUGCGGUCUCAGAAUCAGGAAGCAGCAAGCAGCAUCUCCUCUGGACUGGAGAAAGUUGACAAUCUGCUUGCAGAAAGACCGGCGGACUCAGAGGAGGAGGCGCACAUCCAGGAGGCUGAGCUCUCUCUGCAGUGUUUGGCCGGCGGACUGAGGGAACUGGCCACCAUGAAGACAGACCUGUCCCAGUACGUGGCGGCCAGUGACUCGGCGCUGCUGGAGCAGCAGCUGGAAAUGCUCCACGCUCAGUGGGAAGAGCUGUGCACCAAGGUGUCGUUACGCAGACAGGAAAUAGCCGACCGCCUGAAUGCCUGGACCAUUUUCAAUGAUAAAAACAAAGAGUUCUGUGAUUGGCUGACUCAGAUGGAGAACAAGGUGUGCCACAGCGCGGAGCUGAGCAUCGAGGAAAUGGUGGAGAAACUAAAAAAGGACUGCAUGGAGGAAAUCAACCUGUUCAGUGAGAACAAGAGCCACCUGAAGCAGCUGGGAGAGCAGCUGCUGUUGGCCAGUGACCAGGCCAAGCAGACCCAGGUGCGCGGCUCGCUACAGGAAGUCAAUCAGCGAUGGAACAACCUCUUUCAGCACAUCGAAGCCAGGGUGAGGAAGCUGAAGGAGACUCUGGUGACGCUGCAGCAGCUGGAUAAGAACAUGAGCAACCUUCGCUCCUGGCUUUCUCGUAUCGAGGCCGAGCUUUCCCGGCCAAUCACCUACAGCGUCUGUCAUGAGAACGAGAUCCAGAAGAGGCUCGCUGAACAGCAGGUAAAUUACAUCCACAGGUUAUAUUUAACUGUUUGGAUUUUGUUUCACUUCCUAAAUAUAUUAUUUUCCCCUUUCAUCUUUAGUAUUAAUAUUUCUACAUUUUCCCACAUUUUGCUGCUCACUUUUUCUCUGUUUAUCGUUAAUAAUUCUCACCUUUUGUUUGCUUAACGUUAGUUAACGUGGUGUUGUUG